AUGGGCGUCGAUUACUACAAGGUUCUUCAGGUAGAACGAAGUGCCAAAGACGAUGACUUGAAGAAAGCGUACCGAAAGCUCGCCAUGAAGUGGCACCCUGACAAAAACCCUAACAACAAGAAAGCCGCCGAGGCCAAAUUCAAGCAAAUCUCUGAAGCCUACGACGUUUUGAGUGAUCCCCAAAAGCGAGCAGUGUACGAUCAAUAUGGUGAGGAGGGUUUGAAGGGAGGGGUGCCGCCGCCUGAUUCUUCCUGGUCGGGCGGGCAAGGCCAAGGCCAAGAUGGCGGUCCGACGAUGUUCCGGUUCAACACCAGGAGCCCCGAUGAUAUUUUCUCUGAAUUUUUCGGGUUUUCGGGUUUCGGGGGAAUGCCCGAUAUGGGCGGGUCACGGGCAGGCGGGUCUCGGGCUGGUGGGAACCCAUUCCCGAGGAGUAUGUUUGGGGAAGACAUAUUCGCGCAAUUUAGAGGUGGAGCAGAGGCCUCAGGGAAUGUGCCCAGGAAAGCUGCACCGAUAGAGAGGACAUUGCCUUGUACUUUGGAGGACUUGUACAAGGGCACCACCAAAAAGAUGAAGAUUUCUAGGGAUGUUCCUGAUGCUAGUGGGAGAACUACCACAGUGGAGGAAAUUCUAACAAUUGAGAUCAAGCCAGGUUGGAAGAAAGGCACAAAAAUUACUUUUCCAGAGAAAGGGAAUGAACAGAGAGGAAUUAUACCAGCAGACCUUGUCUUUAUCAUUGAUGAGAAGCCUCAUAGUCUUUUCAAGAGGGAUGGGAAUGAUCUUAUUGUCACUCAGAAGAUAUCUCUUGCGGAAGCUCUGACAGGUCACACUGCACAGCUGACAACACUUGACGGGAGAAGUCUGACAGUUCCCAUCAAUUCUAUUAUCAGUCCCACAUAUGAAGAAGUGGUCAAAGGGGAGGGGAUGCCUAUCCCGAAGGAACCUUCCAAAAAGGGAAACUUGAGAAUCAAGUUUAACAUCAAGUUCCCUACCAAGCUUACCUCAGAGCAGAAAACUGGCAUCAAACGGUUAUUAACAUCUUCAUAG